ACAGACCUGCAUAACAUCGCAGAGGAGGCAGCUGCGCGUGGAGCUGGAGCGGCACUCAUCAUGCAGUGACCCCUACACUCCAGUCAUAUAGAUCUCCAUCACUCACUUGUCACCAUGCUGCGACUGAGAUCCGGGCUUUGCCAGUCUUGGAGGGGGUUUAAGACCUUCCCCUGUGCUGCCGUGGAGGUGAAGAAUGAGCCCAUACUGGGCUUCGAGGCAGGCUCCAAGGAAAGGGCGGAACUGGAGAAGGCCCUUGCAAAUCUAAAGGGGAAGACCGAGGAGAUCCCUUGUGUGGUUGGAGAUGAACAUGUGUGGACCAAGGACAUCAGAUACCAGCUGUCUCCCUUCAACCAUUCACAUAAAGUGGCCAAGUUCUGCUAUGCUGAUAAGGAGCUCUUGAACAAAGCCAUCACGGCGGCGGUGGCGGCGCGUAGAGACUGGGACCUGAAGCCGGUGGCUGACCGUGCACAGAUCCUCUUCAAGGCCGCAGAUGCCAUCAGUGGACCCAGGAGGGCAGAGGUGCUGGCCAAGACCAUGAUAGGCCAGGGUAAAACAGUGGUUCAAGCUGAGAUUGACGCUGCUGCAGAACUUAUUGACUUCUUCCGCUUCAACGCCAAGCAUGCCAUCGAGCUACAGUACCAGCAGCCUAUGAACACAGAUAUCAGCACCAACACUAUGCUAUACCGUGGUCUGGAGGGGUUCAUUGCCGCUGUCGCCCCCUUCAACUUCACUGCGAUUGGUGGAAAUCUGGCAGGAACUCCCGCCCUUAUGGGUAAUGUGGUGCUAUGGAAACCCAGCGACACGGCAAUGUCGGCCAGCUACGCCGUGUACAAGAUCAUGCGGGAGUCCGGCCUACCCCCCAACAUCGUCCAGUUUGUGCCUGCUGACGGACCUGUGUUUGGAGACACCAUCACGGCCUCCGAGCACCUGGCCGGCAUCAACUUCACCGGCAGCGUCCCGACCUUCAAGCGCUUGUGGAAGCAGGUGGCCCAGAAUCUGGACAUCUACAGGAACUUUCCUCGAGUAGGUGGAGAGUGUGGCGGUAAGAACUUCCACUUUGUGCACUCAUCUGCGGAUGCCCACAGCGUGGCCAUGGGAACGAUCCGCUCUGCAUUUGAGUACGGAGGGCAGAAGUGCUCCGCCUGCUCCAGGAUGUACGUGCCGGACAGCCUCUGGCCUCAGAUCAAGAAGGAGCUGCUGGACAUCCACAAGCAAAUGAAAGUGGGAGACCCUGUUGAGGACUUUGGGACUUUCUUCUCUGCUGUCAUUGAUGACAAGUCAUUUGCACGCAUUAAGAAGUGGCUGGAUCAUGCAAAGUCCUCUCCUAACCUGACCGUGAUUGCUGGAGGAAAGUGUGAUGACAGCAAAGGUUACUUUGUGGAGCCUACCAUCGUUGAGACCAAGGACCCAAAAGAUGCCAUUAUGUGUGAGGAGAUCUUUGGGCCGGUUCUCUCUGUUUACGUGUACCCUGAUAAGGAUUACAAAAAGGUGCUCAACUUGAUUGACAACACAUCACCGUAUGCACUGACUGGAGCUGUUUUUGCCAAGGACAAGAGUGUUGUAGAAGAAGCAGGGAAGGCUCUGAGGAACGCUGCAGGAAAUUACUACGUCAACGAUAAAUCUACAGGCUCCGUUGUUGCCCAACAGCCAUUUGGUGGCGCUAGAGCAUCAGGUACCAAUGACAAGCCAGGUGGACCACACUACGUGUUGCGAUGGACCUCUCCCCAGGUUGUCAAGGAGACACAUGCCCCACUCUCGGAAUGGAAGUACCCCUACAUGGGUUGAAAUGGACCUGCCACACACCCCUGCCAGCCUCGAUCCCUCUCCCUCACUCAUGAACCUUUUCCCACAAUCCCCCUCUCUUCCUCCCUCCCUUCCCUCCAAUCAAGACUAAAUAACAAAUCCCGAGCUCGAUCUUUGCCCCUAAUGACCUGUUGAACCAGAAAGUCUGGCAGCGUCCGUCCAGUUGUCUUAAACCAGAGUGCUGAAGCAGAGGUGGUCGCUCCCUGGUACGGCGAAUCAAAGCUCUAGUCAGACACUCUGCUGAGGUGAGAGACGAGCUCAGCAACCAAUAGCAGAAUGUCUUUGGGACUUUAGCCCUAUCCUUCCGGCCUGUCUGCUGUAUAAGUGACGACUCCCACCAACUACUCACCAUCUGGGAGACUUUUAGGUGUAGCAUACUGUAGCUGCUCCUCUUAUGGCCUGAAGGAAUGGCUGUCUUCUGAGGUCUGUUUCUUUCAAGAUGCAUUGAAGUUGUUGGUCUAUGCUUCUCUAUCUGGUCUUGUUAGAAGGGAUGGCAAAUGAUCUAAAGGUCUGGCAUUGAUCUAAAGGUGCAGUUUGUAAUUUGUUAUCAAAAAGUAACAAUUUUCUUUAAACCUUCUGUGGUUUUGCGAAUCUGAAGGCAAGACGGUUACUCAAUAUUCCCCUAUAUUUUUGUAUUGUUUUCUUUUAAUGUGUAUUACUAUUAUAUUGUAUAUACUUAUUUGUCAUUGUCCUUCAUAGGUCUACGCUCAUUGAUAUUUUUUAUGACAAAAUUGUAAAUUAACUGCACCUUUAACUUUCUGCCAUGGUAAAAGGAAGUAGAGAUGACAUGAUUUUAUAUUUUUUAAUGUUUCAUUGUCUUCUGCUUCAAACAUAUGACCCCAUGCUAUUACAUUUUGGUUUGGUUCUUGACUCUACAGAUGUCCUGCAGAAUACACUACUCACAAAAAGUUAGGGAUAUCUGGCUUUCAGGUGAAAUUUGUUUCAGUACAGAAAGUACUGAAGCAUUGAACUGUUGGACAUGCGCAUUCAAAAGUUUAGAGAAGGUCACAUUAAGUAAAGGUUACAGUGGAUUUUAGGUUCAUCCUGAAAUUUCACCUGAAAGUCGAAUAUCCCUGACUUUUUGUGAGUAAUGUAUAUUCACCCCUGGAUGUUGAACUAAUUUUCUAUAUAGUACCAGACACUGAAAUGGACCCAAAUCUGAUCUGGUGAUUUGGCAGUGUAGUUCAUCAUGACCCUGACCAGUGCAGCUUGUGCAAGCUGAGUUCUCUCUGUUACAUCCGACGCUGAUCUGUUACAGCAGCCAGCCUGAUGCUGAUGCCAUUUCGCUUUGACUAACUUCACACUGGACUCAUGCAUAUCAGUCUUCAUCCGCUGCAUGCCUGAGGUUUGCAACACGGGAAAAUGUACACUAAUAGGUGACAUGCAAAUAAUUUCUUACAAAUCAUGUUGACACAGAAGAAAAACAUCUGCUACUUGAAAUAUGCAAUUAAUGUAAUGAUUGACAGUCAUUCAUUUUAGCUAAGUUUAGAAAUUAAUUAUUGAUGUGUCUGUUUUUCUCCUCCAAGUAAUUUUGGAGAAUAGUGCCUAUCUUGAAAUGGUCUCUGUGGACCUCGAUCAUGUUGUGCUUGCUGUACAUCUGACAGAAAAUAUGUGAAUGUAUGUGAUUAAAAUGGGAAUUGAAUUCA